AUGGGUCUGACAUCGAAAUGGCACUACGACACGCUCCUCGUGGACCACCAGUCUCACUCUCAAUCUCAGCAGUUUUCGGAUCCUCAAGAGCGACGAGGAAGAGAAGGAAGAGACAAGAACAUCAACAAGCACAUCGACUUUUUUACAGCCGACGACGAAAAUCUCCGCUUCCUCCGUCUCCUGGAGGAAGAUCCCCCCGAGAUGAUGGCCUGUGGCUGCGGCUGCAACGUGCUGUACCGCUGGCAGCGAUGGCAGGGGGGGCAAUACCUCUGCCCGAACCGGGUUCAGCAUGUGUCGUUCAAGCGUGGCGCGAGUUGGUGCACCGCCCACGCACCCGUCCUGAUCUAUCGCGAGAAGGUGGACGCGUUCCUCCGAGGAUGGGCAAAAGGGCCGCGCUACGGGCCCCAGCUCCAUAAAGAACUACAGCACACCUGCUAG